CCAAAUUAUAAUUACACACACAUGUCUCAUUCAAACAAUAUAUAUGUGGCAUCGAAAACGUAAAUAGUUGAAUAACCCUCUGAUCCUAUUGUUUACGUUUCGAAAUUCCAUUCACCGUUGGCUGUUAUCAGUUAACAAUUACAGUUAACGCUGGAAAAUGCGCCGAAUCGCGCCAUAUUCACCACAUAAAACAAUAUCGAUUUUCCGCUGCAUACGGGAACAUAUGUUUCAAAAUCCUCCACCAAGUUGACAGUGCAGUACAAUUUACUUGGACAGACCGUACGCAACGCGAUAUGUCACAGAAUCGGUUUUUAUAAUAAAUAUUUUGUAAAUAAAUUUGAUUCCGAGGUGAUUUGGUGAUUCAGUUCAGUUACUGGAAAUUAAAUGUUACGAGGAAAAAUGAAACCGUACAAGCCGUCAUCGAAAGUGGCCGUACGAGAAAGUUUGGACGAUGACUUCAGUGAUGAUGUUGAGGACGACGUAUUUAUAAGAGAUGGAAAGAUGUCGAAGAGCUACGAAGAAAAUGGCCUCAAACGACCACUUAUGGCACCGAGACGGAAAAAGCAGAAAGUGUCCAGUCCCGUUGCAGCUAUUAUGAAAAAGAAAUUCAAAUGUUGGCGAUGUUGUGAGCCAUUUUGUUACGGAUUUAUAGCUUUAGCCAUCCUAAUCGCUAUCAUUUUCUUAGCUGCAAUACUGCUAACAAUGUUUCCCGUUCCAUUGCAAAAAGUAAAAUUGUGGUUGCGUAAAGAUGGUCAAUUGCAAGUGCCCAGUGAUUUAAAUGACUAUGCGUUGUUUAAUGGUGAAUUAGUUCCCUGCACUCAGAUCAGUGUGCAGAAAACAUGGAGCAAAGCGUUUUCGAAAUUAAGUAGCGAGAGUCCUGUAAGGAAGUGUGACGUUAAUCAGGACGGAGUCGAGGAUAUCAUCAUUGGUUAUGGGAUUGACGAUAACUUUCAAUACGACGACACGAGUAUACCGAAAUGUGAUGACAGUACAAGUGGCUAUUGCGAGGGCGGUAUUUUGGCGAUCGACGGAAUAAAUGGAAAUACAAUUUGGCAGAAGUGGACGGCCUUUAAUGUCUUUUCAUUAUAUUGCUCGGAGGAUUUAAACGAUGACACGCUUAACGACUGUGUCGCAUCGGGUCGAGGAGGCCUUGUCAUCGGUGUGAACGGUCGUAAUGGAAAUGUUCUGUGGCAAUUGAAAGACGACACCGAAGACUUAGCGAUAGCAAUCAUAAAUUUGUACACAGUAAAUUCGAUCAGGGACUUGAAUGGCGAUAAUAUUGCUGAUGUAUUAGCCGUUCACGUCGAAGAACGAAGAAACUCGCGAGCGGGGCACAUAAAACUGAUUUCCGGCAAAGACGGCAAAGUUAUACGCAGCAUACCAACUCCGUUCAAUGAGGAAGUUUUCGUACCAAUUCAAAUUAUAACGCAAUUUGACGGCACAGAAUGUCUACUGAUUGUGACCGGUGGACAGAGUUCUGCUGGUGGAUUGUAUCUGAUUCGGAUACAUGAAUUAAUGUCCGACUUCACAACCAUCAUACAACUACCGAACUCAGGCUUUAUGGUCCCUGCUGUAAUCACCGAUAUUACUGGCGACAGCAUCGAAGACAUUAUCGUUGCGUCCUUCAAUUCAACGAUUUACGCUUUUGAUGGGAAAUCAUUUGAAAUCGUCUGGACAUAUUCGUUUCCGGCAUCCGAAACCGUCAGCGACAUUGUUCCCGGUCACUUCGACAACGACAACACAACCGACUUCCUCGUCAAAUACAAUUCGGGUCCGGGCUUUCCAGUGUAUUACUAUUCACAGACAAUGAUUCUAAGCGGCGUUGACGGAACAACACUGUUGGAUCAAAUGAUUAAGGAUUCGGGUGGUCCGUACAGUUUGCUCGGAGGUGUAACAAUAUCACAGUCGUUUGGUGGCGAUUUCUUUCUGCACUGGCAGAGUCAAUGUCGCGGAAAAGCAGGUGCUAGUGACGCCUAUCAAUUUGUGCCAGACAGUGACAUCGUUCAACAAGCUCGUGCUGAUACGUGCAUGUUACGUUACAAUACGUCGACCGUUUUAAAGCUAUAUGCUAUUGCAAGGCAUAUCGAACCACCUGGUGCUGUCAUAUUCUCCACAGAUGACCUCUUGUUGCAACUGAACCAAACGGAACUGGCUCAGUUGCAGAAACAAAUUUCGGUCUCACCAUUGAAACAUCCGAAAAUGUUGAAGAAAGUUUUGAAUAAAGAGACGGACCAGCGUAGUAGAAAGCAUUUCGGUAAUCAAGACAAUAACGCUGCCAUACCAUUGGCAGGAGAAUCUUCAAUGGAUGAAAUAAUGAAACGCACAAAAGUCAUUCAGCAGCAACAGCAUCGCCAACAGCCAACAAACAAUUUCAUUUUCAGUGAUCAGAAUGAAUUCGAUCGAAGAAACUAUGAGGCAAGUAAAUUGAAUCGGGGAUUUGUGUAUCCAAACGUUGAUGCUCUCGACAAGCAAGCGGAUGUUGAGCAGGAAAAUGAUGUGGGAGCUCUGGAAGAAUACGAAAACUAUCUCAAUUCAGAUCCAUCGAGAAAAAUUUCGGUUCGAACGAAAUAUCCGCAGAACAGAGACGUUCGCAGUAAAAGCGAAGUGAUCGGUGAGGAUCUAAUGGACUAUGAUGAAGUACCGAACGAUCACAGUUUGGAUGAAAAUGUUACACACACCGAAGAAUCGAAAACGAAAAAGAAAACUCUGGAAGAGGACAAUAUUGGCAUAACGAACGAUCAGAAUCGACCGGAAACGCUGUGGGAUCUGGAAUUGGAAAAAGAGACUGCAGAAGCAAUCAAAGAUGCAAAAGGCUUUGACUUUGCGACCAGAUCCAUCCGUCAGUUAGAAUGGAACCAAAAUAUGGAACAAAAUCUUCUGUCUUCAAUAUCAUCGACAGGAGUGUUAGUUAAGCCUAUCGACCCAUCUGCGCCGAGCACAAUUGACUUUGUUUUCGUGCUGAAUGUCCGAGAAUCUGAGGCCUAUCCACCGUUGUUCCUUCCCGAAGACUUAGCUUGCGUGGAAGAUAAAUUGAGCGGUUACAGAAAUUUUUCUCCGGAUGACCUAAUUGUACUGGAAAAGAAAGUCCUGAAACAAUGUCUUAUGAAUCGAAUUCACAACGUUGCACCGACGCAACCGAAAUUUGAAUCACAAACCGUGCUGACAAGAAUUUCGAUAUCGUGCAAAUGCGGUAAUCUACAGGCAGGGGAAAUUUGUUCGAAAUUGAACAAUAUUGAUAAUCAGAAAUGGACUGGAUUCAUGGGCAACAACAGGAAUGGUUUGUAUUAAGUGGAAAGGAUUUUUUAUUUCAUUUUUUCUUAUUUUCGAAUGGGACAGUUUUGAUUUUGCGUAACCAACAAGAGUAUAGAGAGAAAGAGAUAGAACAAAAAAAAACGCGCGCAAUAAUUUAUAUAUGCCACUUGAUUUCAAUGUCUUGACAGUUUAUCAAAAAUUCAAUGUAUUUUUAUAUCAUUUUCGAAAGAUAACUUACACAAUAACUGUAAAUAAAAGGAAAAAUAAACUAUGAACGAGGAA